AUGCCUAUGAGGUGGUCCCCCGACAAAGACCAGCUGAUGUUCAUGAUGCUCCUCAAGACCCACAACAUCAGCAUCAACUACGGUGCAAUUGCUGAAGCUUGGCCCAGCGACCAAGGCGAGAAGCCCACCCCGCGCGCCAUCUCAGAGCGCCUGAUCAAGAUCCGCAAGCAAGUAUCCGGCGGCGCCUCCGCCAGGCAGCCGCGCAGCCUGCAAUCCACCCCGUCCAAGCCAAAGGCCGUCCGGACUCCAGCCAGCGGCACUCCCUCAAACAAGAGACGCCGCCUCGCCGACGACGACGACGACGACCGCACCGUCAGCCGCCAGGAACUCCGGGACCUGGGCAUCGCCAACGACCCACGCUCCUCACCCACGCCUCACCACCACCACCACCAGCCGCCGGCGGCCCCCUUCGCCACGACCGCCGCCGCCGCCGCCGCUCCACGCCGCAGCACCACCGUCGCGUCCAACGUGCUGCCGUCCAGCGAGCGGUGGUCGUCUCCCGCGCGCGGCCCCACCACCAACGGCGAGGGCUCGUCCUCCUCGUCUUCUUCUCGUCCCACGCUUCCUCCCGUUGCCGCUGGCGCUACUACUACUGCCGCUGCUGCAGUUCCCGCACCGCGCCACCGUAGCUCCCUCUCCGCCAACGCGCGCGCCUUCGCCGCCCGCACGCCGCUGUCCAUGGAGCCGACGGCCGGACAGCUCGCGCGGCUGUCCGUCACGCCGGCUGCCAAUGGCGGGGGAGGAGGAGGAGGCGCUGCUACUACUACCGCGCGCUCGACGCCGCGCCGUGGCACGUCGAUGGCGCCGAUCAAGCUGGAGGAGAGCGAGGGCGAUGACGACGACGACGACGACAGUGCUGGUGUGCUGCAGCCGGCGGAUCUGCUCGAGGAUGAUUCGGACGUGUCGGAUUGGGCUGUGGAGGAGGUGUGA